UAGAAUGCGUGCCGAGCCUCCGUACCCCAAUAAACAAUUGAUGGGGAUGGAAGGAGUAAUUAUUUAGAAAAUAUUUGUAAAAAUACAAUUUGCAACUAGAUCCUAUUUUAGUUAGUUGACCCGUUGGAGUUGCAAGUAUGGUUGCAUCUGGUUAUAAGCAUAGUUUUCAUGUGAUUACAACGGGUUGCACACUAUAUUUGUAUAAAUAUUUCCAAAAUUUUGUAUUUUUACAAAAUAUUUUUAAAAAUAAUAAUAUUUUUGUAAAAAUUAUUUAGGACUUGGUAUUCACCGAGAAAACCCCAAAAUUUGAUGGCUAGUAUAAGAAACAAGUAGAGGAAACUUAAAACAAAAUUGGAGAAACACGUACUGAGGAAACUUCAUUCUCAAAAAAAAAAGUACUAAGGAAACUUAAAGAUACUCAUCCGAAAUAAUGGUCUCCUCCAACAUGUUAAUGAUUCAUCAUCAUCAUAUAGUAAAGUUCCUGGUGGCUGUAAUUGUUUGUAGUAAUAUGAUCACUAGUCCGGGAGGUUCGGUGAUGCAAAAUGAUGGGUGCAAUGUGGCAUGGUGUGGCACAACUGAAAUCAGGUUCCCUUUUCAUCUGAAAGACAGAGAUGCGCUUCAUAACAACAAGGAUCAGUGUGUCUUCCCAACUGGCUUUCAACUCUCCUGCGACGACGAAUAUGGGACAGGUGUGUUUGUUCCGAUUAUGGCCUAUGAAUACCAAGUCAACACCUCUCUUCCCGGUGUCUACCUCUCGUUCCCUGUCGAAGCUUCUGUCAGUCAUAUUGACUACAAGUCAAGGCAGCUCAGCUUUGAUGGAUUCGGUGUUUUUUUCGGUAGUACUAGAACACACAAGAACUAUAACAAAUAUCAGUCCAAAUAUCCUUUCAAACCUUUUACUUCAACAGGAAACAAGCUAACUGAUCCUCGACAUGGGUACACAUUUUAUAAGUGUCCAUCAACAAGUGAAUUAGUUAGUUCUCCUAGAUCUUCAGAUCUUUUGGUUGCAUUACCCGUGGAUUCUCUAAGUAGCCAUGGUCAUCGAGUCUUUGUCGUCAAUUCUGACUAUGGAACUGUGGAUUCCCCCUUAACAUCAUGCACCAAGAUGUACAACAUUUCUGAUGACUCCACCACCGUCACAGAACUGACUUGGUCCGAACCUGAUUGUGGCCACUGCGAAGCCAAAGGACAGUAUUGCAAAUUCAAACAAAACAGUACCAUCGUCACCCAGUGCUACCCCAAAGGUCGAGGUCCUGCGUCACAUGAACUUCCAAAAACAGGUAUAGUUGGAGGUAUCUUCUUCAUUUUGUUUACUUUUGCAGCACUGUAUUUUUCUACCAAGUCAUACAAACGAAACAAAAGAUACGAGUUGAAGAUUGAAAUGUUUUUGAAGGACUACAGAGCUCUUAAACCCUCAAGGCACUCUUAUGCGGAUAUUAAAAAGAUGAGCAAUCAAUUCAAAGUCAAAAUAGGGGAGGGAGGUUAUGGAUCGGUGUUCAAGGGACAACUUUCAAAUGAUGUUGUUGUUGCAGUUAAGGUCCUAAAUGAUAAGGUUGAUGCCAAAGGAAAUGGAGAAGAUUUUAUUAAUGAAGUUAGGACAAUUGGCCUAGUCCACCAUGUCAAUGUGGUUCGUCUUGUGGGAUACUGUGCUGACAGAAACAGAAGAGCUCUUGUUUAUGAGUAUUUACCCAACAAUUCACUCGAAAAGUAUGUCUACUCGAGGGGAAAACAGAAUAAAAGAUUCCUGGGAUGGGAAAAGAUGCAAGAUAUUGCUUUAGGCAUAGCCAAAGGAAUUGAGUAUCUUCAUCAAGGUUGUGCCCAGCCAAUCCUCCAUUUCGACAUUAAACCUCAGAACAUCUUGUUGGACCGGAAUUUUAAUCCAAAAAUCUCAGAUUUUGGUUUAGCAAAGUUGUGCACCAAAGGAAAAAGUAUGGUCUCCAUGACUAUGGCUAGGGGCACAAUAGGCUAUAUUGCACCAGAAGUAUUUUCCAGAAACUUCGGGAAAGUGUCAUCCAAAUCGGAUGUUUAUAGCUUCGGUAUGUUGCUACUUGAAAUGGUUGGAGCAAGGGAUAAUACUUUAGUAGGAACAGAAAACAGCAGUGAAGCAUAUUUUCCAGAAUGGGUUUUCCACCAGCUUGAUAACCGCAGGGAAACGACAACUCAGAUUCGGGAAGAAGUAAAUAGUGAAAUAGCAAAAAAGCUAACAAUUGUCGGACUUUGGUGCAUAAAUUGGCAUCCAGCUGACCGGCCUUCCAUGAAACAUGUGAUUCAAAUGCUCCAAGAAGAAUAUUGCCCAGCCAUGCCUCCUAAUCCGUUUGGCUCUUCCACUGCAGGAAAUGUUUCCACAUUCAGCAACACGCUUGAAGCUAUUUCUGAAGCAGAUUGAUAAUGAGGUGCCGCUAGUAACAUUGUGCAAGUAGAAAUCUAAGAAAUGGCACGAUGUUUCAUGGUAUUGUUGUACUACUACGCUGAAAAGAAAUAAUUCAUGAAGCCAAAGAAAACCUAUAAUACUGUUUAAUCCGAUGCAUAUAACACAGCCCGCUUAAUUUAUGAAAUGCUAAGAAGCUUAUUUACUCUUACACAGAACUAUACUUCUCUUGUUUA